AUGUCAAAGUUCACCUCGCGAGCCGCUGUUGCUUUUGGCAAAGAGUUUUAUUUUUCAUAUUUUCACCUGCCACCGUGGAGCAAGUGGAUUGGUCGACUGAAGGUCGGCGGCACCUUUGACGGCAGUUUCCACCAGGCGGUCGCCCCUGUUCUGUUCCUAGGCCAAUGUAUCACGCUGAUGCCGGUAGUGGAAAUCUUCAGCCGAAGUUCUCGCAACACGAGGUUCAAACUGCGAAGCGUGCGAUUUAUGUAUUCUUCGUUCUACUUGCUAUCAGCCGGCAUUUACACUAUUUUGGCCUGCCGGCGGUUCAUCUUGAAAGGGCUGAAUGUCAGCUCUUUUGCUGAUAUGUUCUAUCUGGUGUUCAACUACGCCAUAACGGUCCUGUUCAUGCUGAUUGCUUUGCAGUGGCAUAAGGUGUUGAAAGAAUUUGCCAACUGCGAAAAAUUAAUGCUCAAAGAUGUCUACACAAAACUGACACAGAGGACGACACGUUUCAAUCUUGCUUGGAGAAUCAGAAUGGUCAUUUCCGGAAUAAUGGUUUUGGCGUUUGCUGAGGACUUCUUGAAUUACUUUUCCGCAUAUCAGGACAACAUCGUACAGAUGAAGUAUUGCAAUCGGACGCAGAUCAGUUUCUGGGAAAACUUUUACGUUCGGGAUCACCCGCAAAUAUUUCAUCACGUCCCGGUCAAUAUUGGAACCGUAAUGUUUAUAGAAUGGAUAAACCGUUGUCUGCGAUACACGUGGACGUAUUUGGACCUAUUCAUAAUCUGCUUCAGCUAUGCGGCUCAGUUUAGAUACACGCAAAUCUAUCAGCGGCUUGUUAGCAUGCAGGGUACACCCUAUUCAACCACGUUCUGGCGAGAAAUUCGAACGGACUAUGUGGCCGUUUCUCAGCUGGUGGCUUAUCUGGACGACAAUUUUGGUCAUCUGAUCCUGCUAUCGUGUGCCAAUGACAUGUACUUCAUUGCAACGCAGCUAUUCAAUGGAUUUCAACGCCGACCAGCAUUCAUGACGAUGGUUUACUUCUGGUACUCAUUGGCGUUGCUAAUAUUCCGUACUCUUUGUAUGCUGUAUAUUGGAUCCGGAGUGCAUGUGGCUUCCAUGAGUCCGUUGAACAUACUGAGGAAUGUACCGUCCAAGUACUGGGGCCUUGAUUUACAGCGGCUAACGGAUGAUGUGGCGUCUGGUGAGAAUACUUUGUCCGGUAAGAAGUUUUUCUACCUCAAAAGACAGAUCAUAUUAGCGAUGGCCGGCACCCUCGUCACCUACGAGCUAGUCCUAAUGGACCAAGUUAAGCAGGCACCGGACCCCACACAGGACUGUUCGUUCUACUAAUUGACACAGCUGUCACGAUUCUCAACGUUAAUUGUCACCAGCCCGAUGUAAACAAAUUUAAAACAAAUUGCUCUCACCGCCAAGGUCACGCAACAACACGCCAGCAAUG